ACAAAGGCGUGUCCAGCCCUGCGUCCCAGCCCCACGGCUCCAGUGACGCGAACAGGAGCCAGCCCGGACAAGAGUGACAAGCUUCCCCACGUCCCAGGGCCGACAGGACGGAGGCCACUCACCAUAAGCUGAGGUCACAAGAGCCCGCCAGCUUUUCCCGCCCUACUUCAAUCAGGUAUCGCCGGUGAGAAGUGGCUCCCACAAUCUGCCGCUCGCGAAGAUCGAUCCCCAUAUCCCACCUCAUCGUCUGCCAUGGCUGCCGUGCUCUCCCGGAAGGCUGUGUCUGCGCCCGGCAAGGUCCUGCUGGCUGGAGGCUAUCUCGUGCUGGACCGCGAGCACACGGGGCUCGUCUUUGGCCUGGACGCCCGCAUCCACGUCCACAUCGAGCCGUUGCAGACCAGCCAGGGCGUCGUGCUCUCUGAGAUCAUUGUCAAGUCGCCGCAGUUCCUCGAGGCCAAUUGGGAGUAUGGCUAUCGACUGACCGAGGGCGAGGGCGGCAUUGCCGUCACUCAGCUCAGAGUCUCCGCAGACGACCCCCUGCUCCGGAACGCAUUCGUUGAAACCGCCCUCAGCUACGCCCUAACCUACAUCUCGUCAUCAGUACCACACCACCUCAUCCAGCCCGCGUCAAUUUCGAUAAUAGCAGACACGGACUACUACUCGCAACCUGCCAAACGCUCUGUGUCCAGCUCCCGCUUCCUCAACUUCGAUGUGCCUCUCUGGGACGCCCACAAGACCGGCCUCGGAUCCUCUGCAGCCCUCGUGACUGCCUUCACAGGGGCUCUUUUGGCCCACUACCUCCCCAAAUCCCAAUUCGAUCUGACCACCGACACGGGACGCCAACGACUCCACAACCUCUCACAAGCAGCCCAUUGUGCCGCCCAAGGCAAAGUCGGCUCUGGGUUCGAUGUCGCAUCCGCAGUAUAUGGAUCCUGCCUCUACAAGCGCUUCUCUCCUUCCGUACUCCAAUCCCACGGCGAGCCCGGCACUCUUCUCUUCAGCAAAAAACUGAAGUCCCUUGUCGAGGAAACCAGCGUGAAGUGGGACACGGAGAUCGUGAAGUCCGCCGUCGACAUCCCUAAGGGAUUGAGGCUAGUUAUGUGCGACGUCGACUGUGGCUCCAAGACGCCCGGCAUGGUGAAGAAAGUGCUGCAGUGGCGGAAGGAGAAGCCUGAAGAAGCUGGGAAGAUAUGGGGCGAGCUUCAGAAGCGAAAUGACGGAUUGGCAGCUGAAUUGGUGCGAUUAUCAAAAUCGAACUCGACCGAGUAUGCCGAGCUUCGCGAAUGUAUUGCCAAGAUUCGAGCGCUUAUCCGCGAGAUGUCGGAGGCGUCUGGCGUGCCGAUUGAGCCGGAAGAGCAGACGCAGUUGCUGGAUACUUGCUCGAGGAUUCCCGGGGUAGUUGGAGGCGUGGUCCCAGGAGCUGGUGGUUAUGAUGCUGUUUCUCUGCUUGUCGAGAACAAGCCUGAUGUUAUUGAGAGCAUUAAAAAGGCACUGGCGGACUGGAAAGUCAACGAGAAAGUAGACACGGGCGCCGUGACGAUCGGUAAGGUCAGCAUGCUUGAUGUGAGGGAGGAGAUGGAAGGGGUAAGAUUAGAGGAUCCGGCCAUAUAUGGGGAAUGGGUUGAGGGGCAUUAA